UUUGCUCUCAACUAUUACGUAACUUGUACGGCUCAUUUGCCACAUUGAAUUAUUUCCUGAAAUAAAUUGUUAAAUUGUUGAAUUUAUAAUAAAAUUUAAGUUGAGAAAUAAAUUAAAUUUUGUGUGAAACAAGUGCCAGUGGUUUAUUACUUUUUCCACAAAAAUUGCCGCCAAAAACUCUUCUUCAAUUCCCGCGUGAACAAAUUGAACAUUUCCAAGUUCCACGUGGAACCUAAACGAAUGAAGGGAAAAAAUCUAAGCAAUUUUUCAACAAAGUGACGUGCUGAAGAGGAAAUCACGUGAAAAUUCUCCGACUGAGCAUCUACACUCGCGGUCGCUUCGACCCGGACAUUGAACGUACAGUAUUUCCUCAGCAUUCUCAUUCACCUUCAUUCGCAGGUGCGUGUGCGUCGUGACGGUACUGCCAGCAGCAGCGCAGUCAUCUCACAGUGUACAUCAUCAUUCGCAGGUGCGUGUGCGUCGUGACGGUACUGCCAGCAGCAGCGCAGUCAUCUCACAGUGUACAUCAUCAUUCGCAGGUGCGUGUGCGUCGUGACGGUACUGCCAGCAGCAGCGCAGUCAUCUCACAGUGUACAUCAUCAUUCGCAGGUGCGUGUGCGUCGUGACGGUACUGCCAGCAGCAGCGCAGUCAUCUCACAGUGUACAUCAUCAUUCGCAGGUGCGUGUGCGUCGUGACGGUACUGCCAGCAGCAGCGCAGUCAUCUCACAGUGUACAUCAUCAUUCGCAGGUGCGUGUGCGUCGUGACGGUACUGCCAGCAGCAGCGCAGUCAUCUCACAGUGUACAUCAUCAUUCGCAGGUGCGUGUGCGUCGUGACGGUACUGCCAGCAGCAGCGCAGUCAUCUCACAGUGUACAUCAUCAUUCGCAGGUGCGUGUGCGUCGUGACGGUACUGCCAGCAGCAGCGCAGUCAUCUCACAGUGUACAUCAUCAUUCGCAGAUGACAACGAGAGAACAGCGACAAGAAUAUUCAUCGAAUGUGGUGCGGGUGCUCCAUCCAUCAAGGCCUCUGUCGCCUACAAAUGCAGAAUUUGAUAGCAAUUUAGAUUACCUUCUUGAUGAUCUCCAACAAUCUGUUUCACGUCCUGGAAGUUCUCUGGGACAAAAUGCUAGCUCCAACUUGACCAGCAGCAGAGAGAUACAGUAUUUAUCACCACAGAACUCCUCAACAGUUGUUCGGGAAAGAUCAAUCAGUCCCAGUGGCCAAAAAUCCGAAAAAGUCUACAAAACAUCAUCAUAUGAGUACAAAACAUCAUCGUCAACUCCAACGUUCAAUGCCAAUGCACAAGCAAAUAUUAGUCAACUUGACUCACUACUCGACGAUCUAAAGCACGAGAGAGAGGUUGCAAUAGAUAAACUUGAUAGGAGCACCAAGGAUAAUGAUUCCUUGAUACCUGGAAGCACAAAAAUAAUUAAAACAACAUACAGUUCAUCUGGAAACAUCGGGGGUGGAAAAACAAAGCCAGCAGUUCAGAGGGAAUUGCAUUUUGAGACAUCAACACCGAAUAAAUUGAAAUCAUCACGACAGGAGUUCAGCUCAUCAAACUAUGAGACAAAGAUCGAAAAGAGUUCUUCGUCGCAUGGCGAUACGUCUUAUGGUUCCUAUGUCCCUGAGAAAUUGGGUCAAGAAUCAAGGACUAUGGUUACAAAAUCCUACAAUCAGAGUAAGAGCCCAGUGACAACAAUAAGCAAUGUGGACGGGGGAACUUUGCUUCAUGAUAUACCCGUUGAAUCUGAUAUUCUACCACGACCUGGCACAAAGGUCACCACGACCGUACGCACAUACACCUACGAAGUUCCGGACUCCGACAUCACCGGCAACCACAGCACGGUCUAUAGGAAUGAAUCAUUCAAUCGCUUGACCAACGAUACUCGCCGAAAGCGUGAUCUUUCACCAUCAGUUAACACAUCACUUGUUACACGCACGGAAAAUACAUCGACGCUGUCGCGAAAUGAAGGUCGCCCUGUUUCACCGUCGCCACCAAUGAAGAAAAUGUACUACCAGCAGGAUACGCUGGAGACUACCAAAACACGCACGUACUCUCCAACACGGGAACCCGUAUACGUCCCACCACCUGUGGAGAAAACCGUCAUCUAUAAGCACGACACAACUGAUACCUCCAGAUCCGUGGUCAAGCCACCCCCAACGGGAUGGAAGCCAAAUCCUCCAGCUGGCCAACCGGGAUCAACGUUCUACUAUCGCGAGGAAACCAAUACGACAACGAACAAGCGCUUUCCACCCCCGCAUGAUGGCUAUGCACCACCACCAGAUCUAAAUGGCUACCCGCCAGUACAAUCAUCCCCAUCUGUAACUUACAAAUACAGUUCUCAUACAACAACCACAAAUAAUGUGCACAGAUUGCCUCCAGAUGAAGUGGAUGAUGGAGUGAGGCCAGCUCCAUUCCCAACAGAUGGUAUUGAGAAUGUACCAAACAACACAGCCCCUCCAAAGAGGUUGGAUGACUUGCUUGCUUCAUUCGGAGAUUCCACAGUGAAGCACUAUCAUGAAACUCAAAUAGCCGAAAAGCCAUACACCCUCACUAAGGAUUCUCUGGUAGAAACCGCAUCACCUGACCAGAAGCUACCAACAAAGAAUGUUGCCGGACCACCUGUCUACUAUCCACCUGGAGAGCUUUUCCUCAAGAAAGAAGAGUCCGGUGCUGCUUGGAGAGCUCAAGGUGGUUAUGCUCGUGGUGCUGGAAAAUAUCAAUAUGAAUCUGAGGAGAAAUCAAAAAGCAAAAGCAAAUCCGGUGGAGCUGUUGUACCAGUCUGCUUACCCCUCUGCUGUGCUAUGCCAUGUUCUAUAAUGUGAAAAAGCAUUUUUUUUUCUUUUCAAUUAUAAAAGCAAUGCGCAACAGCAAAAGAAAAUUAGUUGUGCUAUAUUUAAGAGAGAAAGAAGUCAAUUUAAUUCUAUUAAUUUCACUAGAAACUUGUAAUUUCAAUUAAAUUAAUUUAAUUGUGUAAAAUUUAUUAAUUUGCCAUGUACGUAAAAAUUGAUUGAAAAAGCUCCGAGGGAGCUUUUCGGCUGUUGUGAUGCACAUAGUUACGCCUUGUUUUCUGUGUGUCUCCGCCAUACCUUAAUAAUUGCCAUAUUUUCUUUUGUUAAAUUUGUUUAAAAGAUAAAAUAUUUUUGCAUCCCAUAUGCUGUUUUUAAUAAUAAUAAAAAAAUCUAUUCUAAGUACCUUUUACAUCCAUGAAAAUCAAUAUUUACUUAAUGCUCAAAAAAUUGAAAGAAAGAUAAUUCCUAAAUGUGGUAGGAAAUAAAAUUGUUCUUUUUUUUCUUAAUUACAUUAUGUUAUUACAUAUUUACAUACAUAUACUCACAAGGUGCCUCACAUAAAGAUUGUAUUAGAUGUAUAUUAAAAAGAAAUAUUUUUGUAAUCUGUAAAAUGAUCUGUCAUUUUUUAUAUAACAAAUAAUAAUCUGUGUAUUCUUUUUAUAAAUUAUCCAACAAUGUAAUAAUAAAAAAAUUACUAAUAUC